CUCUCUCUCUAAGUCACCCUUUAUAUGAGGUGGAAGUGGAAUGAGUUGAUUCAUUGAAUAUUUGGUAUCUGUCUCUAAAAGUCAAUAUUAUAAUAUGCAUCCUCCAUUUUUAUGAAGCUUCUGGUUUGCUGCAGUGUAAAAGUAACAACAGUAACACAGUGAGUGAAGGAAGGAAGGAAAGGCAAAAACUCCAUACAGUGAGUGAGUGAGUGAAGCUAAAGCUACAAACAAAAAUUCAAUUCUGGGGUUAAAUGGGGGUUGUUUCACAGGAUGCCCUCAACCAUCUCAAAGCUCUCAUGGAUCAAGUUGAGGAGCCAUUGCAGAGAACGUUUCAGAAUGUUCAUCAAGGAUAUGUCACUGAAACCUUAAUGCGGUUUCUAAAAGCAAGGGAAUGGAAUGCUUCCAAGGCCCAUAAAAUGUUAGUUGAUUGUUUAAACUGGAGAGUAAAAAAUGAGAUUGACAACAUAUUAUCCAAACCAAUUUACUCUCCUGAUUUAUACAGAGCAGUGCGUGAUUCACAACUCAUAGGAUUGUCAGGGUACUCAAGAGAGGGUCUGCCUGUCUUUGCAGUUGGUGUUGGGCUUAGCACAUUUGACAAAGCGUCUAUCCAUACUUAUAUGCAGUCUCACAUUCAAAUUAAUGAAUAUCGUGAUCGUGUAAUCUUGCCUUCUGCUUCAAAGAAGUAUGGGCGGUCUAUUACCACAUGUGUAAAGGUUUUGGAUAUGACUGGUCUGAAGCUCUCAGCCCUGAAUCAGAUUAAGUUGUUAACAAUAAUAUCAUCCAUUGAUGAUCUGAACUACCCUGAGAGGACAAAUACUUACUACAUUGUAAAUGCCCCAUACAUAUUUUCAGCUUGUUGGAAGGUAGUGAAGCCACUUUUACAAGAGAGGACAAGAAGAAAAGUGCAAGUCUUACCAGGUUGUGGGCGAGAUGAGCUGUUGAAGAUCAUGGAUUAUGCAUCUCUGCCACAUUUCUGUAGAAAAGAAGGCUCUGGAUCAUCCAAACAUUUAGUGAGUGGAAGUGAAAAUUGCUAUUCCUUGGAUCAUCCCUUCCAUCAAGAACUCUACAAUUACAUUAAGGAGAAAUCCAGAGUCCUUGAAGCUGUUGAACCCAUCAAGCAGGGAUCUUUCCAUGUAGAUUUUCCUGAACCUCGUGCUGAUGAAGCAGACAUUGCCAAGACUAUUGAGUCAGAGCUACACAAGUUAGAGAUCAGCAAUGGGAAUGAUGAUUAAAGAUGUCUUGGCCUUAUGGUCUUUGCAAGUCCUCUUAACCAUGUGAACCAAACUAGUGUAGUACAUUCAUCUCCGAACUACUGUCAGGAUUCAGCAGAAUUAGUUAGCGUUGUUUAUGUAUUAAGCUUGAUAAAUUUAGAGAGUAGUCAGAAUAAAGCAGAUCCCAGCUUUGCAUUGUCAAAAAUGCAAGGGAGAAAUGUCAAAUAUAAUAUUUUAUGUGGGUUUCUUCUAUGUUUAAUCUAUUGCAUUUUUAUCUUCAUACUGUGACUUAUCAAUUCAAAUAUA